CCACUCUCUCUCUCUCUCACAUUCAAAGCUUCAUCUUCUGUUUAACUCCACCGUUAAUAUUACAUUCUCUCAUUUUCUCCGAGCAGACCGAAAGAACUAUGACAAACUUCUCCCGAUCAAAGUCCACCGGAACUACUAAGUUUCCGGAUGUCAAAACAACCCGACCCGGUCCAGACAUAUAUGAGAAUAUCCACCACGAUGACUACGACUACGAAGAAGAACAUAGCACUACGAGCACAGACUACUACGACGUAUCCACGCCGUUGAGCUCACAUGGGUCGAGAUCUGGACCCGGGUCGGGUCAAUACACGAUCCUCGACAUUUUUGCGGCGGUGCUGAAGAAGUCGCUUGUAAUGUCUUGUACUAUGGAGAGAGGGGAUGAUGAUGUGGCGGCGUCUAUGGAUAUAGGUUGGCCUACGGAGGUUAAGCACGUUAGUCACGUUACUUUCGACCGGUUUAGUGGUUUUCUCGGUCUUCCCUCUGAGCUCGAACCGGAGGUCCCUCCUCAAGCUCCUAGCGCCAGUGUGAGUGUGUUUGGAGUAUCAGCAAAGUCGAUGCAAUGCUCUUACGACAACAGGGGAAAUAGCAUCCCAACGAUCCUUCUCAGGAUGCAGAAACGCCUUUAUAGUGAAGGAGGUCUCAAAGCAGAAGGAAUAUUCCGAAUAAAUCCAGACAAUGGCAAAGAAGAGCAUGUCCGAAAGCAGCUAAACCGCGGUGUAAUACCACGUGGAAUUGAUGUCCAUUGCUUGGCGGGUUUAAUAAAGGCCUGGUUUAGGGAGCUACCAACAGGAGUUCUUGAUGUGUUGACACCAGAGCAAGUGAUGAAAUGUAACACAGAAGAUGACUGUAACAAGCUCGUGACUCUUCUUCCUCCGGUUGAAUCUGCGCUUCUUGAUUGGGCCAUCGGUUUAAUGGCUGACGUUGUGGAGCAUGAACAGUUUAACAAAAUGAAUGCUCGCAACGUAGCUAUGGUUUUCGCACCAAACAUGACCCAAAUGGCAGAUCCAUUAACCGCAUUGAUCCACGCGGUACAAGUGAUGAAUUUUCUCAAGACUUUGAUCUUAAUGACCCUUAAAGAGAGGGAAAACGCAGAUGCCAAAGCAAGGUGGAUAGAGAAACAAACAUCAGAUCCAUCAGAAGAAUGGGAACAACAACACUCUGAGAUAUUAGCCCCUGAGAAACCCAACCAUAACCCUAAGUUCUUGAGAGUGGCUACUCUUUGUAGGCUAGAAGCUGACAAUGAAGAAAAGUUUUGGAACACUGAGAAGAGAAACGAUCAUAAAGAUACAACUGAAAGUACUGGAACUGUUCAGAGGCUGUGUAAGCAUCCAUUGUUUAAGUCAAGCAGAUCGACAAAGAAACCUCUUGUAAGUAAUCACGAUGAAGGAAGAAGAGGACGGGAUGCUUGGGGCUCACGUCUCUCUUCUUUGCCUUGGUAAAUUCUAAUUACUAUACCUCCCGUUCGUUCCUUUUUCUGCUUUUGAGAGUGUAAAAAAUGUAUUGUGAAGUAUGAUUAUAGGUGUUAGUUGUUUGAACUCUUAGUUCAUUCAUACGGCUGUAUUUGAGCUUGAUUCAUCUUAAAAUUGAACAGAACAAAACCGAAGCCUUGACUAAUAUGCAUGUGAUACAUUAUAUUUGGUCGGAUCUUUUUAACAGUUA